AUGGCUCAGAAAACCGAGGGGAUUCAACAGCUUUUGAUUGCUGAAAAGAAAGCAUCCGAGAUGGUUGGUGAAGCUCGAAAGCGUAAAGCACUGAAGCUGAAGACAGCCAAGAAAGAAGCUGAAGUGGAAAUUGCUAAAUUCAAGGCUGAAAAAGAGAGCCAUUACAAGAGGAUGGAAGAAGAGAUGCUGGGAAAGAAGAGUGAUAAUGAAGCACAGAUUCAGCUGCUGACCAACCAGAAGAUGAAGGACAUUGAAACCAUGUUCAGGAAAAACAAGCCCGCUGCCCUGAAAACCAUCAAUGAAGUUCUUUUUGACAUUAACAUCCGUUUACAUGAAAAUGUCAAAUUUUAG